UCAAAAAUCUAUCACCCAAUAUUCUUCAUAUAGAAAGUUUUCUUCAAGGAAAAAUGAAGGCGUGGAUUCUCUUACUGUUGGCGGUAUUGGCAUUCAUGGUGGAACCACGAUGCUGCAUCGCUGCCAAAGAAAAUGAACAGAAGCUCAAAAUUUACACGGUGAAAUUCACCACUAAGGGUGCCGACAGGAAGUCGUAUCAGAUGUUUAUGAAAGAUCUGCAAAAUGCAUUGACAGUCCGUGCAGAUCGAAGUGGAGACAUACCAGUGUUGCCUCCCCGAUCUGCGGAACCUUCUGAUCCCCAACAAUAUCUUCUGGUCAAACUCUCAAAUGGAUACCAAACCGUCACAUUAGCUUUGGACGUCAGUGACGUGUAUAUCUUGGGUUAUCAACCAGGUGGAAGUGGAAACUCCUCCUUCUUUAGUGAUGUUCCCACUAACGUACGCAAUAUUUUGUUCCCAAACACUCAAGACCUGUCUCUUCCAUUUACCGGUAACUAUGGGGCACUUGAAACUGCUGCAGGAGCGUACAGAAGGGAAAUCCCUUUGGGAAUUGGUGAACUGCGCCAACAUAUUGAUAACAUGAAUUAUAUACAACCUAGUACUGAUCGUCGCCCCAUUGCAAGAGCCCUUAUAGUUUGCAUCCAGAUGAUCUCGGAAGCUGUGAGAUUGAGGAACAUCCAACAGGAACUGCUUACAAUUGCAGAGCCUCGUCAUGAUGGAACUUACAGUGUGUUUUAUCCAGAUGGUUUAGUGAUGGAGUAUGAAACUAGCUGGGAAGACAUAUCCACCGCCAUCCAAUCUGCAACAGAUGGAAUCUUCAGAACAGCAGUCCGUUUGGUAUAUGAUGGUCAAGAAUUAGUUUUGAGCACUGUGAGGCAAGUGAUUUUCACCAUUGCAAUAAUGCCGUCACGAUGCAGAAGAAACACAGGGGCUCAUCUGCAGAUUUUGCGCAUGCCAACAUCAACGCGUCGUCUGGGUUUUCCCCUUUGUUGCCUGUGGCUACGAGGUCCACUGGCCUGGAAGACAAUGACCGCACCUGUGAAAAAGAUUUAGCACCAACCUCGCAUAUU